AUGAGUGAGGAAGCGAAAGAGAACCAGAAGCUGCAGCGACCUGCUCCUCGUCUUAACGAGAGGAUUCUCUCAUCCUUGUCAAGACGAUCCGUAGCUGCACAUCCAUGGCAUGAUCUUGAGAUUGGACCUGGAGCUCCACAGAUUUUCAAUGUGGUUGUUGAGAUCACUAAAGGAAGCAAGGUCAAAUAUGAACUUGACAAAAAGACAGGACUCAUCAAGGUUGAUCGUAUUCUGUACUCAUCAGUUGUUUACCCUCACAACUACGGUUUCGUUCCUCGCACUCUGUGUGAAGACAAUGACCCAAUUGAUGUAUUAGUCAUCAUGCAGGAACCUGUGCUUCCGGGUUGUUUUCUGCGUGCCCGUGCUAUUGGAUUAAUGCCUAUGAUUGACCAGACAAGAAGAACGAGAACAAGGAAGUUGCAGUUAAUGAUUUUCUGCCAUCUGAGAGUGCUGUUGAAGCUAUCCAGUACUCGAUGGACCUAUAUGCUGAAUACAUUCUCCAUACCCUCAGACGUUGAAAGCUCUUCCGCGGAACAUUUCUGCAACAUCUUGUUUCUGUUUCUUUCGAUGAUAUAA